GAUCGCCCGAUCGGCCGAGAAGGCACUCAACCGGUGGCACACUCACGCGCAAUCAUCCGAAGCCGGCCGGGACGGUAUUAAAUGCCAGUCCGUCCGGCCGACGGCAGCCAUUCUCUGCGUCGUCCCGGUGGUCGUCAGUGAACCGCGUUCCGCGCUGCGAGUGCCUCAGUGCAGCGUAGCUGUUGGAUUUGUUGUCCGUGCCCAAAAGCUUCCCGGGGAUUCCGAGGCCCGACUCAGCUUGUUGACCAACUUGUUGGAGUGACGACGACGACGACGCGCGACCAGCGGGAAGUUUCCGUGGCCGCACACACAAAACAAGCGACAUCAAGUGACGUCUGCGGGCAGUGGAAAAAGGGCCCAAACCCAAAACGCAAAAUGACGAUCAACGAAAGGACAUCGCUGCUGCCGAAGGAUUACCAGAAAACCUACAUCAUCCCGAUCCCGCGUGAUGACGAAAAUAACAAUAGCAGCGACGGCAACAACAACGACAACAGCGUACUGCGAGAGUACGACAGCUGUGCCUUGACGAAAGCGGAACUGAAUAAGUACAUCGACGAUCCGUGGUGGAUAAAGAUGCGCUACGGAUGCUUCGCGUUCUGUUGGAUCGUUUGCCUGGUGGCGCUCGCCAUCUCAUUGUACAUUGCAGCCGAUGCCCUGCAGCACGACAUCUGCGGAGCGGCACAAGUGUCCAACGCUAGCAGCCUAAUGUCAACGACGCCCGCCAGUAGCAGUGGAAUCUCCGGAGUGCCCGCAAACCCGCCAGCUGUCGGUGAAUCACCACAGUCCGUAGUGUUUGCUCUGCUCAGCCAGCAGCCUACAGCGUGAUCGAACGCGCGGGAUCGGAACGGAUUUCCGUGAAGGUUAAUUGGUUACCAAUCUUCCUAUUGCUGUGAUCGCUACUGGGGCUACCGGUCCGGCCCGGGACGGGACACCGAGAGGAAUCUUAUUUAUUGCAUUACAAGCACUGUAAGCGGAUCUCAACUACGAAUGCGGAAUCGCAUUGCAUCAAUGCACGUGCUGCUUCUAACAGCGUGAUAAAAAGCCGAGAUUGACGAGCUCAGCUAGACGGCACUGGUUGAUGAUAGGCACACCGUUCAUUCGGGAUGCAACGGGGGUCUGCUGCCCGCUAUCUCGUAGAUCAUGCGGGGACUGGUGAAUGAUGCAACUCUCGAGUAAGCUGCCAUCAUACCCGGUGGCUUCGCAGCGCUUCAUUAGGCGCCCGGGUGAUGACAUUGACACCGCGCAAUCAAUCGCGUCGCGAAUAGAGCGUGCUUAGAAUGCAGCUCGUGUUGAUUAUUCCAAACAAUUCUAUACCAAUCUAAAUCUAAUAAUA